AUGAGUCGCAGCCCUGAGAGGAUUUCGUCCUACCGACGCCACUUUGAGGACAGCAGCAGCUCAUCCUCCUACCAGGUUAGGGUGUCCAGCCCAUCCCCGACCCGGAGAGUUAACCGCCACCAGUCAGCCAACUACUCACCCAGUGCCGGAGCCAGCAGAAUGCAGGCCCAGACCAUGGGCAGAAGGACUGUCUCCACCUCACGUAACGCCCGCAUGGCUGGCGGGAAUGUGGGAACAUUGGCAUGUGUGGGCUAUGGCAACGGGGCCCCGGUGGACCUGGACGCAUCUGCUGCCGAGAACAAAGUAUUCCUCAGCACGCGCAGUGGUGAGCGGCAGGAGAUGGUCGUAUUGAACGACAGACUUGCUGUUUACAUUGAGAAGGUUCGGUCCCUGGAGCAGCAGAACAAGUUGUUGGAGAUGGAGAUUGACGGCAUCCAGAACCGGUUCGUGAAGCCGUCGGGCCUGCGCAAACUCUAUGAGGAUCAACUGAGAGAUCUGAAGAGGAUUGCAGAUCAGAUGAGAAUGCAGCGGGACCAAGCCUUAGCUGGCAAAGAGGCCAUGGCAGGUCAACUGGAGAUAACCAAAGUCAAAUACGAGGAGGCAGUUGAGCUGAGGAGGCGGGCCGAGAUGGAGAUCGAAGCAUUCCGUCCGGAUGUGGACAGAGCCACCUCUCAGCGCAUCGCCCUGGAGAAACAGCUCGAGCAGUUGGAGGUGGAGAUUGAAUUCCUUCAGAGGGUGCACAAAGCGGAAAUUGAAGAGCUACUGAAAAUGAUAUAUGCUGCCCACUCCUCAGCCCAGAGUGCUUAUGACCUCCCCGACAUCUCAGGCGCUCUCAAACAAAUCCAAGCUCAGUAUGACGAAAUUGCGGCAAAGAAUUUACAGGAAAUGGAUUCCUGGUAUAAAAGUAAAUUUGAAGACCUGAACAACAAGACGACGAAACAUGUGGAUAUAGUUCGAAGUGUCAGGGAAGAAGUUGCUGGCGCCAAGAAGGAUAUCCUAAACAAAGAGCGUGGCCUGGAAGCUUUGAAGACCAAGAAUGAGGCUCUGGAGGCACAAAUUCGUGAAGCACAGGAAAAGUACAAGAAAGAGCUGGAGGACCUUCAGGCAAGAAUUGAGGCCCUGAAGGAGGAGCUGAAAUCCACCAAGUCUAAAAUCGCUCUGCACCUGCGUGAAUACCAGGACCUUCUGAACAUGAAGAUGGCUCUGGAGAUUGAGAUCACAACUUACAGGAAGCUGAUUGAGGGUGAGGACUUGCGACUCACAACCAUGGUUGGGACCAUGUCCAUAAUGAGUAGCAGCUCAAGCUCCAUGAGCGCUGGGAUGAGUGUGGGCAUGGCUGGAGGCAUUGGACCUGGAGGCAGUGGUGGAGGAAUGGGUGGAGGAAUUGGUGGAGCUGGAAGCUUAGGUGGAAUGGGUGCUGGAGGGAUGAGUGCCGGAGGGAUGGGAGAUGGAGGCAUGGGUGCAGGAGGCAGGGGUGGAGCUGGAAGCAUUGGUGGAGGAAUUGGUGCUGUAGCCAAUGGUGCUAAAGGCAUGGGUGCUGGAGCCAUGGGUCCUGGAGGCAAUGGAGGAGGCAUGGGAAAAGGUGCAGGUGAUUAUGGGUACGGCACCUCCAUGGAGUACUCCCACGAGGAGCAGGCAGUGGAGAUGACGGAGAGGAGGACGGUGCUCAUCAGAACAGUUAAAUCGGAGGAUGAAACACUGGAAAGCGACACAAAGGAGCAAACCUACAUAAUCUCUGGCGCUGCCGACGACUCGGACGAGGAAUAGGCGUAAAUGUCCAUGUGACCUCCUCUCACCCCUUAACCCCUCAUGCCCCUGGAGCUUUGCACUGACGGCUCAUGUCUGGUCUCUGACCUUUGACCAAGACAUGAGACCAUGAAUGACCCUGCAACCUAGUCAAGCAGUACCCUUCAGCUCUUGUGAUGUGCCUUUGAACCACAUAUUCAGAAACUCUGUGUGCCUUACACAGCUACUCAACAAGCAGCAAAUAAAGCUCUUGGCAUUCAA